UUUCGUCUGCUGCAGAUUCUUCAUGAAUAGUAGAGUCGGCAGUUUGACACGCUCUCUUGUUUGUUCACCGAACAUAUUAAAAAAACGACCGAUUGUUUCCUAGUCUCAGAAAAUAUUAAUUUAGAUAUGUGGAAAGUCGUUACUCGUUUGGUCCAGAAUAGAAGCCUAUCGACCUUUAGCCAUAAUUUUUCCACUCACAAAGGAUUGCCUAAUUCAGAUACCGAAUUCGUUCAAAAGAAACAAAGGUACAAACAAACUGAUGAUUUUGGACACCCAGAAAAGACACAUUUUAGAAGUAGAGGAUCCGGCUAUCAAGAUCGCAAUGGAAACAGUGCUUACUCUGAAAGUAGACAUAACAGUUUCGUCAACAUAGUUGAUAACAGCUGGGAAGAAAGUGCGGGGAAAAACAACAGGUAUUCAAACAAAACAGACUCUCACAGGUCUGAAUAUAGAGAUCAAGGAAAAGGACAAUAUGGAGAACCUAGAGAAAGAGGAAAUGCUAACCUAUCCAAAAUUGGUGUUCCUGGAAAAUGGAAAGUUGGUGCUGGUUUUGUCAGAGAAUCUGACAGGCUACGUGACAUACAGGAUAGAUGCAGAGGAAACUUCAAGAAGAUGGCUAACUUCACAAUCAAGAGAGAACCUGGCAUAAGAAGACAGGCCAAGGUGCUUGAGGAAUUUUCAGACCCAAAUAUAUUUCCAAGAGAGGAAGAGCUUGAUGGUGAAGUGGAUGUUGUGAAGCUUGAUAAGGUGUAUGACAAGUAUCAGCAGAACAAACAGGACAUAAAAGAACUCACCAAGUUAAGAAUUGUCAAGCAAAAGUAUUUUAAAGAUACUACAGAAGAAAAGACACUUACCUGGUCAGAUAAAGAACACAUUCGCUUCUUACACAACAGCGAUCCACAACAGUGGACCAUUGAGAUGAUCGCGGAACACUUUCGUAUUGAACCCCAUGUAGCGAAAGCAGUCGCUAGCGCCAAAUGGAUUCCGAAGAAGUCCAAAUUGCAGGAAGAAAUUUCAUCAAACUCUACUGAAAUCUACCCACCAGUUAAUGAGAAAAGUGAGCAGCAAACUGCAAAACGUCAAUCGUUUGAGGACAAACAAAUAAUGACGUGGCAUGAAGUGACAAAAGACAUGGGGGUAACAUGUGAUGCCGUAAGUAAAAACCAAUCGAAAUCCAAACCAGCCAGUGUUGAAUUAGAAGACGUUGGUGUCGAUAAAGACUUGGUGCUUCAAUAUCUUUCCCCUGGAUCACCGUCUAAAUGGGCUUCUCGAAAGUCUAGCCAAACGAAUGUAAAACUUGACGAAGCCGAAGAAGUUAGACAGGUUAUUGGAAAACAAAUUGCUCCUCAGCAACAUCUAGAAAUCAAACAAAACACAGAAGAUGGUGAAAAAAAUAUAGGUGAUGUCUACCAAAAAGGCGAUGCAUUCUUCACAUCUGAAGGAGAACUGCUUUAUCGAGUUCCCAAUUUAUCCAAAUAGUACCAGUUUCUGUAAUAAAAUAAAUUUGAAUUUGAAAUUCAAAGUAAAUAAAUCGAUUCCUAGAACA